UGUGCUUCAAAUUUGGGCUGGUUGGUGACUAUGACUUCAUGGCUACAGUGUGCCUCAGUCCCCCAGGCAAUGUGAAGCAGCAUAUAAAAAGAGCAGGGACUCAGGCCUAUUCCAUCUCACUCUCCUGCAUACUCUCCUCUACAUCAGGAUCACCUUCAUCCCCGCAAAGAAAUGUCUUGCUACGAUUUGUGCCCCACCAGCAGCAACAUCGCCUGCCCCCAGCCCAUCGCUAACAGCUGCAAUGAGCCCUGUGUCCGCCAGUGCCCUGACUCCACUGCUGUGAUCCAGCCACCCCCUGUUGUCGUCACCUUCCCUGGCCCCAUCCUCAGCUCCUUCCCCCAGCAAGCCGUGGUGGGCUCCACCGGAGCACCUACCGUUGGGAGCAACCUGGGGCUGGGAGGCCUCUAUGGUGCUGGAAGCCUUUAUGGGGGCUCUCUUGGCUAUGGAGCCCAGUAUGGAUAUGGGAGUUCUGCCCUCUCCACACUCAGCAGUGGCUUCUGCAGCCCAUUCUCCUCCCGCCGGUACAGCCGCUUCCUCCGCAACAGCUGUGGGCCCUGCUAAAGGCAGCAGAAAGGUCUCAGAAGAGGGACAUGAAGACCCAAAUGCAGAGGAAUGAGGAUGGGGGUUCAGCAUUACUGUAGCCCUGCAAUGGAGCUACUGCCACUUUGCAUUUCUGAUCUUUCUUCUACAUUUAACCUUCCAUUUCUAGUUUUUUGCUUGCUAUUGUUGCCUGUUCCAGCUUUGACUUUUUUUUAACCACCGUGGGGCAACCUAUUCCGUAUGGACAUCACUCACAAUGAUGUGUAUCUUCAUCAACAGUUGCACAACAGACUGAAGGAAGCUGAGAAAAACAGUAUCUCUGAACAGGACACUUGUUGAACAUUCUCUGAAAUAGUCUGGAAACAGAUGUUUCAUAUUCUGUAAUAUCUUGCUUUGCAAAUCUAGGCAUUUCUCAAUCAUUAAAAUUGUGUUGCAUCACA